AUGUCAGAGCUCCUGUUCUUAGGACGGAAUUAUCCACUGGGAUACGACUAUUUCAGGAAGAGGUUACAUCGUGCGUUCUCACAGCAGGCGCAGUUGAGUGAUGAGGAGCAGAUACGGAAGGGAAUAGCAAGGGCAGAGUUUGUUAAAAAGGAAAUUGAAGCAUUGUGA